AUGAGUGGAUAUGGUAUUCAACAAAGGAAUCCACAACAAAUUGAUGAAUAUUACUAUAAUGCUUCAACAGGAGAUAUAAAAUGGAUCCAUUAUGGUCCUCCUGAUCAUGAUGUUGGAAGAGGAAAUGCAGGAGAUUUCGAUCCAACUCAUCCUGGCUACGAAGUCUACUCUUUCCAAUGA